GCAUAGAUUGUUUUCAUACCUCGCUUUGUGCAAUUUUCUGUUGACCGUUGGUUAGUUGAAGUAUUGUAUAAUCAUUUAAAAUGUUCGCCUUUAUACAGUAUCAGUUACAUUGAAAUGUACAGCUUCCUCCUCUCCUAAAUGGUUAAAUACUACACAUUUUAGAAGAUUCAACAAACAUUACAAUUAUAUUGAUUAAUUUCACACGACUUGGCGUAGUUCUUUCUAUUUCUAAUACAAUGCUCACUUAGUAUAGGAUAUAUAACAAUGAUUAUGAUAGUCUUCUUACAAGUCAAAUCCACAACAAUUCGUACGUUCAUUAGUAUUGUUGCGUAUAAUAUAUAUUAGAUGUAGGGAGUAUAUGGUAACAUGAACGUGCGAUGCACUACUUUUUUUUUUUUUUUUUUUUUGAAAAAUAUUAGAUAUAGGGACUAUAUGGUAAUAUGAUAAGAGAUUAUAUUGUUUUAGGUAAUGCUAAAAUUGGAGGUAAGGGUUAUUGGUUGAGAAAUAUUUAGAAAUGUACUCGUGGAUUUAUAUUUGUUAAUGUUGAAUUGUUUAUAUAGCUUAAACUUUUUACAAAGGAUAACCUUAGGCCUCAAGGAGUAAAGGAUUGCUUUAAGUUAUAAUCAUUUCACACAUGUAACCUCAAAAUUUUACUAACUUCAAUUAAGGAAAUAAUCACAACUAAUGGCCGAAAAUAUUUCCAUUUUCAAUCUAAGGUAUACUAAUUUAAAACCUUUUAUCAAUGGUAGCCCUCUAUUUAUGCUUAUUUUGAAUGUAACCAGUUUUUAUUUUGAUUAUCAAUAGUAAUCCUCUAUUAUUAAACACUUGCAUGCAUCCGUUGUUUCUUUUCUAAUCAAUUUCUAACAAGAAUGAACAUCUCUUAAUCUUAGAAGCUAAGCUAAGCAAAGUAAUUCACCAAGAAGCUAUAAAAAAAAAAUAUUCUUGAAAUAGUGGAGUAGAAGUAACGAGAACAAUUGGUUCACACUUCACACCAUAACCCCUUUCAAAAUUACGUGUUAAACUGUUAAUAACUCCUCAAAAUUAAUGCUAAUUGCAAUUACAUGUAGUUUCUCUAAAAUAGUUCAUGCCUCUUCAAUUUCUUACUUUAUCCUUACAACUAUAAUAAGAUACUACCCAAAAAAAAAGGUAUAUGUAUAUUAUGGGAAAUCAAUUGGACAGCUUUGUGGGAGUAAUAAAGUCUAAGGUAAAAGCCCUCAAGAAGAUGAAGUCACCUUUGUCAUUGAAGAAAAAGAGGAAUUACAAUCGUAAUUACAUCAAGAUGGAAAAGAGUGCUAGUGUUAAGGUGGCAUUUCGGACUAAGAAAGCUCGAAAACACAUCGAUAAGACACUAGAAAAGGCCGAUAGCAGCCCUGGCGAAAGCACCAUUUCCUGAUAUAGUAUUUACUUAAGUCGUAAAUUAUUUCAUGCACUCGGAAAUAUAUAUCCAAGUGACUUAAAUGGCGUUUCCGAUCCAGGCAUCCAAUGUACAAGUAUAUGCAUAGAUUGGAAAAAAAUGAAGAGAAUGGAAGGCUUGUUGUUCGAUCUGUACACUCUCCGGUUGUCCACUAUGUAUGUUAAACCUUUGAAGUUAAUGUCUAUAUAUUUUGUCAAUAUUUCUAUGUAAACUCGUCUUAUCUAUAUUUAGUUCUGCAAUGUAUUCUUAUAAACGAUAUUAUUAACGUAGUAUUUCGUUGAAAAAUAAAAGGUUUGUACAAGUCAAA